UCAAUUGAACAGAUAUUGAAAAUAAAAUUAAGGCUGAAAUUGAAUAUGGACUCUAACAAGAAACUAAGCUCUUCAGUAGACUAUACACAGGAAUCUCCAGUAAAAGCUUUCAUGUAUGGCACUUCUUCACUACCAGAGAUCUCUUACCAGGCUGAUGCAAUCAACAAAAGUCAGGAAUUCGAUGGGAACAAUAUGUCUUUAACCAACGGAGCAGGUUUUCAAAAGAAGAAAAAUUUGAAGAAAGGGAGAAAGUUUGCCAAUAAUUACUCAAACUCUCGAAAAAUAGUGGAUGAAGAAGGUACAGAGAUGUUUAAUGCUCGCAUGCAGAACAAAACUUCACAGAUUCAGAUGAAUCUCGUCGCUAAUAGAAUUAAAAGACUUGAAUUUGAAGAACGAAGAGCUCGAGAAAAAAUUCUAAAAGCCAAAUUUGCUGCUGAAAAGAUCCAGAAAAUUCGCAGCCAGAAGGAGACUGAAAGAAAUCAGAAAAGAAAAUUCCAGGAGAUGCAUAAGAGAAAGCUUGAUAAGCUGCGUCAUCAUAACACUCUCGAAAGGUUAAAGGUGAGACAGCACAUCCAAGAUUUACAAAGCUACAACAGAGACCAAAAUCAUCAGAAAAGACUAAAACUCAAAGAAGAGGUGAAUAAAGCUCGUGAGUUAAACAAAGCUCUUCUGAAAGAAGAGAAUGACUAUAUCCUCUCCUUAAGGAACAAAGUCAAAGGGGAGAAAUCACAGAAGAAAACUCUCAGACAAAGGAUGAAAAAUCAUAUGGGAGUAAUGCUUAAGAGUAAAUACCAUUCCCAGAUUGGCCAAUUCAGGAAUAAUGCUACACAGAAUUAUAUAACCAUACAAGAAAUGGAGAAGAAGGAAAAAGAAUUGUUAGAUAGACUUAAGGUUACAUUUAAAUCCGUGGAAGACCAAGAAAAUCAAGUCAAGAAGUUACAGAAGAAUGGUAAAAAGAGGCCCUUGAAAAAUGCCAAAAGUGUAGUAGCUCAAUAUAUCUCUACUCCUUUGGUAUCCAAGACUAACCCUGUUUUGGAUAAUCCUUUCCAAAUGCAAAAGGAUGCUCAGAGAAAAUUAUCUAAUGCGAUCUCACAAGGAAGCAACACGAAUGGAAGAGCAAGGAAUAAUUCUGUUGGUCAACCUCACCAAAUGGCUGAGACAGGACAAGAAAGAAAAGAGGAGAAUCUCUAAGCUUGGUUAAUC